CCAUAUCAACAGCUUCACCCUGUCUGGAGUGUUUCUGAGAGCAAAGGCCGUGUGUGUGUGUGUGUGUGCGUCCGUGCGAGGGUGAAAAUCUUCAGCGAGAACGACACUGUGUUCAUUUCCCUUCUGUUGAUUUGUGGGCUUCUGGACAUGAGGGAAAAAAUGCAGGUCAUCUUUGGGAUCUUGCUGAUGUCCAUGGGAGCUGCCUUAGGUUUGCUGUUUCAGGAUCCUGUUGUCUGUAGAUUUACUGAGACUAAGCAGUGUUAUGUGGCUCUGAGACAACAACUACACCUGCAAAUGCCCCUGGAGGAAAGGCUUGAUCUUCAGUUCAAAAGUGAGACAUCUGGUGCUCUUCGAAUUUUAACCUAUAGAAAAAGGGAUAGUCUCCCACCAAAACCACUUCUCCCAAGAUGGCAGUUUGUUAAGGAUAAUAAAACUAUGAUACUAAGCCAUGCAGAGAGGAGCGACUCUGGAAAAUACACUUUAUCCACCUUUGAUGCAAAAGGGACUACUAAAGGCGAAUAUAAUCUCCAGCUGAUCAUUGAAGCUGAGGUGACCUCAGUGAAAGUUUCAGACAGCUGCUUGUUCCCUGCGGUCAGGAAAGUGUACUGUUUUGCUUCUGGAGACAGCCUGCUCUUCAAGUGGACUUCUGCAUCAGCCACCCAGUUGGAGAACGGGAACAGAACUCUCAUACUGGAGAAAACCCAGAAUGAAAACGUCACCUGUCAUGUCGAAAAUCACGUCAGCCGUGCUUACAGUUCCAUUCAACUCGACGACUGUCCUGAUUUAACUCUGGUCAUCCUGAGCGUGGUUUGUGUGCUUCUCAUUGUGCUAUCUGUCUUCACAUUCUACAUCUUCAAGAAGAGACAUAACCUUUGGAACAAAGAAGAUCAGAUAGCCCCUUCUCAGGAUGGCAAGGAGCUUGUGUACUCGCAGGUCACCCACUUUCCCACGAACACGACAAAGACAAGACCCAGAACAACUCAAGAAGCUCAGGAUGAGCGUGUGGAGUAUGCCACGGUGGCCGCUUGUCCCAGUCAGAGGAAACAAAAGAAGAAAGAGGAUGAGGUGCAGUACGGUGAGCUGGUGUUUAACACUCCUGCCCAAAAAAAGAGCAAGAUACCCAAAGUGCAAGAGGAGUGUGUGUACUCCGAUGUCCAGCAUGGUCAAUGAGGGACACACUCCCAGCCAGUCUCAGCACGUAUCUGGGACACUGCUGUAUUUUUUUACAUAUUGUAUCAGUGCGAGUAGAAAUGGAAUCUGAAUGCAAUAUUUUUUUAUCAAUUGCUUGGUUGCAAGAUCAUUGACUACAAUAAAGUGGCAUCUAAAGAGGUUCCAUCCAUCCACCCAUUAUCUGUAGCCGCUUAUCCUGUACAGGGUCAUAGGCAAGCUGGAGCCUAUCCCAGCUGACUAUGGGCAAGCUGACAACCAUUCACACCUACAGUCAAUUUAGAGCCACCAAUUAGCCAAACCUGCAUGUCUUUGGACUGUGGGGGAAACCGGAGCACCUGGAGGAAACCCACGCAGACACAGGGAGAACAUACAAACUCCACACAGUAAGGCCCUUGCCAGCCACUGCGCUCGAACCAAGGACCUUCUUGCUGUGAGGUGACAGUGCUAACCACUACACCACCGUGCCACCCCUAUUUAAAGAGGUUAUUACCGUACAUUUACAGUAAAUGUAAUGCUUUAGUUCUGCUUCUCUGUUGAAAAAAAAAAGUAUGCCUGUGGUCAAGUGCUGUACAUAAGAAGCAAGGAAAUUAUUUUAUGUUGUUGUUUUCUACAAUUUAAAGCAAGACUGCCUUUCAGAUUUUUCAAGUGUAGGUCAUAAAAAGAAGUUUCCCUGACACCCAGUUAUUUUUGUUUAGUGGACCGAAAGCUGCUGAAUUCGAAUCACAGACUUCCAAUUUUAUUCAUUUUUUUAAAAAAUAGAACAAUUAAUGAAUUUAGGGCCAUGUGUCCCUAAAUUCUCCGCUAAUUUUUCCUGCUUCACCAUGACCCAGUUCAAGAUACUAUGUCAUCAUGUAUCACAUGGUGGGCUUUCACUAUUCGCACGAGGCAUUGUGAGAUACAAAUUUGAAACAGGAGAGAAAAAUGGAGGAUGUGAGUGUCCGAAUGAAAUGUGAAAGAGUAACGACAGUAACGGAAAGCGAGAAGAAAAGAUGUUAUCUUAUAUCCGAAGGAAAGGAAAGGCAGGAUCAAACUAAUAAAUAUCGGCGCUCAGCGAGCACCUCGGUGUGAUCAGCUGUUUGUUUAGCGACAGAAUGAUGGAACUGUCCGUGCAUGGUCAAAAGUAAACCUGUAGACAGCAGUAAUGCAACACUGGAUGCCAGCUGCGGUAAAACAGAAAAGAAGAAGAAGGUAAACCUGCACAUGCGCACACGGACUUCCUCUGUCUGCUUGACUGCGUGAAGCGAGCGAUUUCAUGCACAUUAUUUGCUUUAAUCCCCUCAAAUUAAAUAACUUCCCAGCCACAGAAUACCGUUUUUUGUUGUUUUUUUUUAGAUAUUACAGAAAUAAACAUAUAUCACAAUGACCAAAUUUCAGAGGGAACUAAAUUUCACCGAUUUUCUGAAAUCGAAAGGCCAUCUUGCUUUAAAUAAAUGAUUAAAAUAUCAAAUAUUGUUCAGCUUUCAGUUUGUGAAAUCAUGUCUUAAAAAUGGAUGCCUGAGGCUUAACAUGUGCAGAAAAAAUUCUCUUUUCUGCUGUUGAAAUCAGAACAAUUAAUGAAUUGCCAAGUCAAAGUGUUUUUUUUUUAAAGCUUGAAAUGUGUACAUACAGUAUGGAUGUAUGAUAUUUCACAUGGCCUUGGUUGUACUGUCAAUUUCAAUCUUGUAGCUUUGUGUAAUAUUGUAAUAAUUAACGUGCAGAAAGUUCUCUUUUCUGCUGUUGAGAUCAGAACAAUUAAUGAAUUGCCAAGUCAAAGAUUUUUUUUUUUUAAAGCUUGAAAUGUGUACAUACAGUAUGGAUGUAUGAUAUUUCACAUGGCCUUGGUUGUAUUGUCAAUUUCAAUCUUGUAGCUUUGUGUAAUAUUGUAAUAAUUAAUGGAAAACAUUUCUGUCA